GGGUCAGAGUCGGCCUCGCUGGCCAAGAAUGCGUUUUUGCGUUUUCUGCUGGCAUCACGUGCAGCUCGUUUUUUUCGGACCAGCCCAGACCAGACGAGCCCCGACCAGCCCAGACCAGCCCCGACACCCAACGAUCAGUCGACACAACCCGCAAGGCCGGUUCCGCCAGGCACGAACAAACACCCGGCAGCGAUGACAGCAAGCGACAGAUCUGCAGCAACGGCAAGCCAAGCGAGCACAGCCGGCGUGUCGCUCGAAUUGGCGUCGGUCGCCUGCAACCGAGUCAGCCAGGGCAUGGACUGCUCGCUCAUGGGCACGGCCGCAUACGCUGCCCACCACAUGGUGGCCGUCUUCGACUCGGAGGACGCCAGCCAUCGCGGAGUGCAUCAAACGCUGCGAGGACAUACCGACCGAGUCAACUGCGUCCGCUUCAUUCGCUCAGGCAAAGGGCUGAACCAGCGGGACAUUGGUCUGGUUUCGGGCUCGUUCGACAAGACAGCCCGCAUCUGGCGGCCAAACAGUUCUGGAAAGUGGGUGUGCACUGCGACUCUCUCUGGACACACAUCGACGAUAGUGUGUGUGGCGACCACCAGAGGCGAAGACCUUCCUGAGGACGCAAGUCUGAUAGCAACCGGAUCGCUGGAUGGAACAAUCCGGGUGUGGGAACUCAAGCUCGAUGUGGGUCUCCAAGACACUGUCGAGUGCAUCCAGGUCAUCGAAACAGGAACCAAGUACCCCAUAGCGCUGGCCCUGUCGUUCCUGCCCAACUCAUCUGUCCCUGUGAUCAUCAGCGGCGGCACAGACAACAAGCUCGGUGUCUACAUCCGCUCCGGUGCGCAGUUCUCCAAGAUGUUGACACUGCCUGGACACACAGACUGGGUGCGAUCGGUCGACAUUGCCGUUUACACCGACCAGCACGAGAACCACAGUCUCUCCAAGCAUUUCAACAAGGGCGAUCUGAUGGUCGCCAGUGCAUCCCAGGACAAGUACAUUCGCAUCUGGAAGAUUUCAGACACUGUCUCACAGACGGGCGCCGCGACCGAAGAAACAGUCGCGGACGACUUUACCAGGGACCUGCUGGAUGCGAUCGCCAAUGUCGAGAUGUCCGAUUCUUUCGGAGGUGGCAUGCAGCUGAGCACCAAGGCACAUCUGGUCGACAUUCAAGUUGAGGAACACCGACGCAAGCGCUACACAAUCAUGUUCGAUGCACUUCUCCUGGGUCACGAAGAUUGGGUCCACUCGGUUGCCUGGGCACCUCCAAAGAGCGGUCCAGACGGCAGCUACACCCAGCCGCUGUCGCUGCUCUCAGCCUCGGCCGACAAGUCGCUGAUGCUGUGGACACCCGAUCCCGACACAGGCGUGUGGAACAACGACGUCCGUGUGGGUGAAAUCGGCGGCAGUCCCUUGGGCUUCCUCGGCGCCGUGUUUGGUGCCCAGGGUGAACGCAUCCUGGGCCAUGGAUACAACGGCGCCAUCCACGAGUGGAUCAGCACCAGACGAGGCUCCAGGACCGAGUGGGCUCCCGAUAUCGGCUUGGGCGGCCAUUCCGGGAUUGUCGAGGGCGUGUCAUGGGACCCAACUGGCAGAUUCGUCGUCAGCGUCAGCACAGACCAAACCGCCCGUCUGUUUGCGGCUUGGAGCCGUCCAUCAGACCAAGCUUCGCAAGAGAACGUCCGCACUUGGCACGAGGUCGCCCGGCCACAGAUCCACGGCUACGAUCUCAACUGCAUUGCAUUCAUCAACAACCAUAGCUUUGUCAGCGGCGCAGACGAAAAAGUCGUGCGCAUCUUUGAAGCACCUCGAACGUUCAUCCAAUCGAUUGGUGCCAUCACCAGGGACGCUCGUCCCGAAGAUCGGCCGGAGGAUCGCCCUAUCGGAGCAAAUGUCCCUGCCCUCGGCCUCUCAAACAAGGCUGUGUUUGUGGAGGAUGUUGAGAACUCGACAGCAUCUCACGACUACCGGAAUCUGUCAAGCUACACGGCUGUUUCCAGCACGCCAACGUCGCUUCUUGAAGUUCUCAGCCAGCCGCCGCUGGAGCAGCACCUUACACAGCACACGCUGUGGCCGGAAGUGAACAAAAUAUACGGUCACGCUUUCGAGAUCAUCGCCGUUGCCGCCAGCCACGACGGGAGGCUGAUUGCCUCGGCUUGCAAGGCCUCCAAGCCUGAGCACGCUGUUGUCCGACUCAUAUCCACAAGCACUUGGAAAGAAGUCUGCUCCCCACUGGCAGCCCAUACUUUGACCGUCACAGCUAUUCGGUUCUCGCCUGGCGACAAGAGAAUUCUGACUGCAGGACGCGACCGCAUGAUAUCCGUGUUUGAACUCCGCGAUGGCGAGUACAAACUCAAGUAUAGCAAUCCCAAGUCGCACGCCCGCAUCGUAUGGGCGGCGUCGUGGUCUGCGGAUGGUAUUUACUUUGCUACCGCCUCUCGGGAUAAAUCAAUCAAGAUUUGGACCGCCGUCAAGGACAGCUACGAGUGUGUCUCGACACUCAAAUUUGAAGAGGCUGUGACUGCUGUCGAUUUUGUGCCCGCCAAGUUCGCAGAUGGCAGCUACAUAUUGGGUGCAGGACUGGAGAACGGUGCAAUCGGGUUCGUCAAGCUCCAAGCAGACGGAGCAGCAGUCACUGCAAAGAUCCAGCUCGCCCCUGCAGACAUAACCCACAUUGCCUCGAUCAAGUCUCUGGCAUGGAGCCCUGUGUCAUCCCAGGGAGACGCCCCGGUUUGGACCCUGUGCAGCUGCUCCGAUGACAGCACCGUGCGCAUAUUCUCUGUCGAUCCCGAUCGCAUCUUUUGAGAGCCUCCAGAGCAGUCCGCUUGCUAGUACAAGCGAGCACGGCCGAUAUAGUUUGGGCGACUAGCGAAUUGACUGAGCUGUCGCGACCGAUCGAAUAGCACUCCAUGGCUCCGGUGGAAACCCCGUGCACUUGUCUUGUUGGAUGUUGGGUGCUGGGGCUAUGUGGAGUUGGUGACAAUGAUCUCUGCGAGGGCUGGAGCAGUAACCUCCUGCGGUAUGUCGAAGGCUUUGGCGUACUUUACAAGAACUUCCAUCAUUUCU